AUAUAAACCCAGUUGAAACACUGCUGGAUCAAAGGGGAUGCACAGUUUGAUAGCCCUUUGGGCAUAGUUCCAAAUUGCUCUCCAGAAUGGUUGGAUCAAAAAGGAUUUCAGUCUAUGUGUUUUAAAUUUUCAUGGUUAGGAGUCACUGACAUUCAAGGAUGUGUCUGUGGACUUCACUCAGGAGGAAUGGAGCCUCUUGGACAAUUCUCAGAAAAAGCUCUACAAGGAAGUCAUGCUGGAAAACUCCCAGAAUCUGCUCUCUGUGGGGAUCCCAGUUCUCAGAGAAGAUUUGCUUUCCCAUUUUGAAGAUAAGAAAACAUCGCCGAUCUUGGAUCAAAAAGUCCCAAGAAAUUCCUGUCCAGGAAUCCCAGUUCUUAGAGAUUUUGAAGAUAACAAAACAUCACCAAUCUUGGAUCAAAAAGCCCCAAGAACUUCCUGUCCAGGAAUCCCAGUUCUCAAAGAAGAUUUGCUUUCCUAUUUUGAAGAUAGCAAAACAUCACCAGUCUUGGAUCAAAAAGCCCCAAGAAAUUCCUGUCCAGGGCCCCCCAGUCCCCAACGGCGCACCCUCGGAAAACACAAGAACAUCGGAAAACCUUGGACGCCCUUUACAACAGCACAAAGGCUGGCCUUAGAAAAGAAAUUCCAACAGAAACAGUACCUGUCAGCUGCUGAGCGAGUAGAGUUCUGCACCUCUCUGAGCCUCACGGAGAGACGGGUCAAGGUUUGGUUUCAGAAUCGAAGAGCCAAAGCCAAGAGACUGCAGGAAGCUGAGGUAGAGAAACUGAAGUUAGCAGCCAAACCCCUUUUACGUUUUCUUGCCCUGCCCUUACCAUUGGUGACCCAUCUACAAGCUCCACCUGCUCUGUGUGGGACCCCCAGCAUCUUUCCUCCAGGUACCAUGCAGCCAGUGCCCAGGCUUUUUACGACCCCAGUCAGUUAUAACAUGUUUUAUCUGUCUUAGGGGAUACUAUUCUGCUAAUAUAACAUCAAAGACUCAGCAAGCGUGGAUUCCUUCACAAGCCCUAGGCUUAAACCUGCAAUCCAGGUACCUGGGAAGGAGCUAGAAAUGUGGGCCACACAGUACAGCUUGCUCUAUGAUGGGGAAAGAGAACCCCAUAGUGCGCAAAAGUUCCGCAUGUGAAUUGCUUGAGAUUGAAACUCAGGCUAGCCAGUAUCAGUCUAAUCCUAUCUAGGAAUAUGUGCCAUUCUAUCCAGAGACUGGGGAAAGUGAGGAGGUAAACGCUAAAUCCAAGGUUCUAGGUUCCCAGAAGAGGAGUCCCAACUUAUUUAGAGGAGUUUAUGGAAUUAUACUUGGGAUUUUUUUUUUUUUACCACAGCCUCUGAAGCCAUCUAAAUAUAGAAUCAAGGUACCAAGUAAGUUAGUAAUCCAGAGUGAACAUAGUCAAAACCAGGUAGAUAAGAAAGUCUUCCUGACAAAUAUAAAGGAAAGCUGAUCCCUGGUAGCAGCGCAUGGAAGUCAUCACACUUUUGCUUUUCAGUGUAAAUCUGUGAAGGUAAGAUGUCUUAGGAUUUAGGAUUCAGAUCUCCACCACUCUCCACAGUAAAGCAUCCAUAGCACUGACUUUUGUAACUACCAAGUCUUUUGAUUUUCUUUUUUUCUUAUUUGAUUAAUAUGAGCUGUUUCUGAAGCCAGGAAUUACUUGACAGUGCCUUUUAUAGAUAUUUAAAAGAAGUAUUUUUUUUAAAAUAAUGUCUAUAUCAGAAUUAAGGAGCAUUUAUGAAAAGACAGUGUACAUAAUUUUGUACAAUGGUCUCAAAUGAAUUAUAAUAAAAAUUUUCUAUUUUGUACAAAUCAAUCAAUAUAAUAUUCUGAGUUGAAUUUUUUUUAAUGCUGUAGAUAUUCACAGAUCCAAAGUGGCAGAGUAAGGCAGGAAUUUGCCUGAACUCUCUAGACAACUGUAAAACAAUGCCCCAAAAUGAAUUCCAGAACAGCAGGACCCACAAAAGAAAGGAAUGAAUUUUCCUGCCCCUCCAAAAAAUGAUCAGCAUAAAAAAUCUAACUCACUUGGGUAAAAAGGGAGAACAAUCCAGUGCAGAUGACAUCCAGGCAAGUAAGCCCUGGUACAGGUUAAUGAUGAGGCUCUAUGAUCCUGCUUCCCAGUGCAACAGAUCAGCAGGAAAGCCUCAUCUCCUUGGUGUUGAAAGCUUGGGGCAGUUUUUCCUCCAUCCUAGAAGAUGAGCCCAAUUUUAACAUAAACUUUAACAUAAACAAAACACAAACUUAGAAAAGAACAUUUAAAAAAUAAUAAUUACAUGAAAAGCCUCAAAGAAAAAUGUAAAUUUAUCUCAGACCGAAAAAAGAAUCGAAAGUUCUUAGAGGGAAUUUUUCAAAUCAAAUAAAAGGGGAAGAAGAAAAAUUGAGAAAAUUGAGAUUGAAAAUCAUGAAAAAAAUCAAAAGUUUGGUAAAGGAAGCACAAAAAAUGGGAAAGGAUGUAUAAAAAUUCACUGAAAAAAACAACUCCUUAAAAAAAAAUAAAAGCAGCCAAGUAGAAAAAGAAGUAUAAAAGUUCACAGAAGAAAA